AACAGGGAUGGCGAGUCCCGCUACGCCAACCUCUUCCGAAAGCUGGACCUCAACGAAGACGGGAGGGUGGACAUUGCCGAGCUCCAGACGGGCCUGCGGGCCAUGGGCAUCCCUCUGGGGAAGGAGGCGGAGGAGACCUGCCGACUGACUUACAUUUCCACACCAAAUACAGAGGUCUUCUGAUGGAGUAGGAAUUCAACACUGCAACAUGAUUUAUAUAAUGGAGGAAUUUUUUUAAAAAUACCUUCAGUGUUUCAGUCUGCUCAUGGCCUCUUGUGUUGGUUGUGCAGGACUUGGAAAGUAGCCGUAUUAAUGAAAUAUGCAACAGAAAAAGAACAAAAAUAGUAGAAUUAUGAAGAAAAGAAAAGAGGAAGAAAGACAAAGGUGACAGUGUCAUGACCAAAUAGGUCAGCACAGGAGCAUUUUAGUCUGUUUGUGUGAAGGCUUGUAGCAUUAAAAAGAAAGAUCACAGAAUCCUAGCAUUGUUUGGAUUGGUAGUGAUUUCUAAAAGAUCUUGUAGUCCAAUUCCCCUGCAAUAUAGCAAGGUUGCUGUAUCAGGUUGCUCAGAACCCCACCCAGCCUCACCUCAAAUGUUCCCAGGGGUGGAGCAUCUGCCAGGCUCCGGGCAACCUGUGCCAGUGUUUUACCACCCUCGUCGUAAAAAACUUCUUCCUUAUAUGUAAUCUAAAUCAACACUCAUUGCAUUUAAAACCAUUCUCCCUGUCCUAUUGAUAAAUAAAAUAUUUGUCUCUUUUAUAAAACCCUUCAAGUACCAACAGGCUGCAACUGAGGAGCCUUCUCAUCCUCAGUCUGAAAAAUUCCAGCCUUUCCUCACAAGCAUCUCACAGGAGAGGUGCUCCUGCUCUCUGAUCAUCUUUGGGGCCUCCUCAGGUCCUGCUGUACCAGGUCUGUGUCUUUCCUGUGCUGAGAACCCCAGAGCUGGAUACACUGCUCCAGGUGGGAUCUCAUGAGGGCAGAGUAGGGGAAUGGAAGCUCCCUUGAGCUGCUGGUCAUGCUUCUUUUUCCACAGCCCAGGAUAUGAUUUGCUUUGUGGUCUGCAAGCACACAUUGCUAUAGCUCAUGCCAUCAUCUAAACUGUGUUCCUAUAUCUGUCAGUAAUUAACAAUUCUUUAUGUGGUCACCAUUUCAUUUUACCCAGUGAAUUAUCCUUACUGCUUGGGAUUACAGUUUUUAGACAAUGAGAAAAAAAUUGGUGUGCCUUGAAAAAUAAACAUUUGGAUCUGAGCCUUUGUGAAGGUGAGGUGAUCCCACAGUAAGGCAGUAACAAGAAAUGGCAGGUUUUAUGUGGCAGGCAUGCCAAACAUUGUUUCCCAGGGCUUGUAAGCGAGUGUUGGCACCUUGGUUCCUGCUCUAUUGUAAGCAUGCCUAUUUUAAAAUGCAUCCAGUCCUCCUCCAUCUGAGAAGCUGGUGACCCAGGCACUGGGAGAGUGACAAGUGGCUGUAAUUAUACAAAAUCUGGUGGUAUAUUAAAUGCAGAAGAGCAGAGUUGGAUUCAGUGUUGAGCUGAAGUGGGGAGUGAUUGACUGAUGGAGUAGUUUGUGUGUGGAGGCUGUGGAAUCUCCUUCCUUGAAGAUGUCCAAGACUCAGUUGGAUGUGGUCCCACACAACCUAAUCUAAUUAGAUCUAAUUAGACAUGCUUUCAGCUGGGGUUAGUUCAAUGGACUCCAGAGGUUCCUUCCAACUUGAAUUACUAUUUGAUGCUGUGAAGGGGCAGUUUGUACCGAGGACUCAGUGUGCCAGGCUCCCCACAGAAUCCAGAGGUGUCUUGCUGCUGGCUAUGCCGAGAGUAUGGAACCCCCCCCAGGAGGAAGUUUCUGCCUGCCAAGUAGAAGACAAGCUUCUUUCGGUGUUCCUGUUAGUUUCACAAACUUGCAAAUUACUGAUUUUAAUCUGAAACCCUAACACCCACAUGAUUAGUUCACCUCACAGACAGCAAGAGGCUUUUGUUUGCAUGAGCUUUUAGAUUUGUACUGAGAGAAAAACACAUGUGCCAUAUGUUUUUGUUCCCUGUCAUUUGUGUCCUGCUUUGCUGAGAGUGGCUGAGACUGACUCGAAGUCUGGAAAAUGACUGUCACAACAAAAGUAGGAAAUGGAGAGUAUGUUUGUGCUUACCAUUUUCUCAUUGUUGCAAUAUGGAUUGCAUUUCUUUGGCAGAUGAACUGAAAGGUGUCACCCUUCACAUACAGAAAUUACCAGCUCUCAACAUAGGAGUUUCUGUUUUCUUUGGUUCACAUCAUCCUCAGCAGUGGAGAUUUUACUAUAAUUAUAAUUUAGUUCAAGUUUUGUUCUCACAGAUAUGUGACACAGAAAACCACUUUCCUUGUUCUGCAUUUUGGUUUGUGUAGUUCAGCUAGCAAUUGGGAACAGUAACAAUUGGUGUGGAGUAGAACUCACACAAAGUGAUUGCAAGUGUCACAUAUGUCACCUCUUCUCAGGAGGGUGUGGGAACCCAGCAGGACACUCAGACCCUGCAGCAUGAAGUGCCGUGAGUGGAGUAAUUGACUUGAUUUUUACAGUGCACAACUUGCUGUAUUAUGGAAGGUAAAUAAGUUGCUCAUUUCACUGGCGUACCAUGUCAGUUUGCUCCAUUUCAUUGAGAAAUCCUUGAUAAUCUUAUACAUUUUGAUUUUUUGAGAUGAAACUUUGAAGUACAUUACUUUUUGUAAAGGGAUAGGGAAGAUGAAGGAGGCAACAUAAAUUGUGUAGAUGCCCUCAGUCUUUUUCAGACUCCUGCAACAAAUACCAAUACGACCAAUUUUCUGCUUCCUUUGUGUUUAGUUUCUGUAGCCUAGAACUUGUUGGACUUUGGUCUUUUGAGUCCUCUACUAAUUAAAGAGGAAUAAACAAAAUUAAAACCAGAUUUAGCAGAUUAGAACAGCCAUUCAAAUCUUGUUGAGGGUUACUUUAUUCAGAAAUUACUGUUGCACAAGGCAGUCUGCUGAAUAGAAGAUAUGUGGAAGAAUUUUUGGUGCUUGAAAUUGGGAAGAAUUUCAGCUGCAGAAAAGAAGGACACCGGUGAAUUUUUCAAUUCAGUUUUUCAAUUUCAAUUUUUCAGGAUCAGGAGCAUACACAGCUGCCUGUGCUUGUGAAUGAGCAGCUGCUGGAUUUCUGCAAUUCCCUUCACUGUGCACAAAAGCCCGGUGCUCUGCUGCUUCAUUCUUGGCCUUCUGUGAUCUGCACAGGACUGAAGCUGAGCGAGGCUAUUCUCAUUUGCUGCUUUUCAGCAUCUCUGCUACACGUAAGCUGCAGUGCUGUGGAGCUGCAGUUAGUGAGGAGGUCGUGCUGUCAGCUCGGUCUCCUGUCUGCUACUGAGUGCUCCCCCCUAGGAUUUUGCACAUUGAGGGGACCCACAGGGACCAAUGUCCAAAGGAGGGGAUAAGACAUAAUUUUCCCUUAAAUCUUGUGUUCUGGAGCAGGGUUCUGGGCUGGUUUCCCUGCUGCCUGACAGGACAGCAGUGCUGCAGCAGCACGAGGAGUGAUGGCAGUGGCUCUGGCCCUGCUGUGGCCGUGGCUCUCCGUGCCCAGAGCUGCCCUUGCUGGGCUGUGAAGCCCAAGCUCCUAAACCCUGCAGAGCUUCCCUGGGCUUUGCCUUGAGCACAAGACUCAGUAAUUACAGGCUGCUGCUUGCAGGGCUGUUACAAUUGCCCUUCUCUGACAAGUAAGUUUUCUCACAUGGAGAUGGUGAAGUCUCCUGGCCUGUUGUUGGUGAAGAAAUGUCUGCCUGUGUUUUCCUGCAGUCCUGGCAAUUGCAUACCAUGCAUUCAAUGCAUAGUUAAUUUUACAUGAAGUGUUUCUAUCUGCAGGACAGUUCCUAGGAAGCACACACAAGGAAGGAAGAUAAGUGUGUUUGUGUUUGUUUAAAAAUGUAGUCAGGGCUUCAGUUUGGAGCAGAAAGCCAUGUUCUCUCAAAUGCUGCGGGCUGCAAGUGCCAGUGAGAAAAUUUUUAAAGCUGGGGAUACUAACCAGGAUGGACAGCUGGAUUUUGAAGAAUUUAUGCAGUAUCUUAAAGAACAUGAGAAAAAGAUGAAACUGGCAUUUAAGAGCCUGGACAAAAACAAUGAUGGAAAAAUUGAAGCCUCAGAAGUUGUCCAGUCUCUCAAGAUAUUGGGUAUAAACAUUUCAGAAAAACAGGCAGAAAAGAUCCUGCAAAGUAUUGAUGCUGAUGGGACAAUGACAGUAGACUGGAAUGAGUGGAGAGAUCAUUUUAUGUUUAAUCCAGCUACAGACAUUGAAGAAAUAAUUCGAUACUGGAAACAUUCCACUGUAUUGGAUAUAGGAGACAGUUUGACUGUUCCAGAUGAGUUCACGGAGGAAGAGAAGAAGACUGGGCAGUGGUGGAAGCAGCUGCUGGCAGGAGGAGUGGCUGGUGCUGUCUCUCGAACAGGUACAGCACCCUUAGAUCGCCUUAAAGUCAUGAUGCAGGUUCAUGGUUCAAAGUCAAACAAAAUGAAUAUAGCCAGUGGUUUUAAGCAAAUGUUGAAAGAAGGUGGUGUCCGAUCCCUUUGGAGGGGAAAUGGUGUGAAUGUUGUGAAAAUAGCUCCUGAAACAGCUAUUAAGUUCUGGGCUUAUGAACAGUAUAAGAAGAUACUCACUAGGGAUGAUGGAAAGUUAGGCACUGUUGAAAGAUUUGUAUCUGGUUCUUUGGCUGGAGCAACAGCACAAACUUCUAUUUAUCCCAUGGAGGUUUUAAAGACCAGAUUGGCUGUGGGUAAAACAGGGCAAUAUUCUGGGAUGUUUGACUGUGCUAAGAAGAUUUUAAAAAGAGAAGGUCCAAAGGCCUUCUACAAAGGCUAUAUUCCUAAUAUUCUGGGUAUAAUUCCUUAUGCUGGCAUUGACCUUGCUGUUUAUGAGCUCUUAAAGAGUACGUGGCUAGAGCACUACGCAUCGAGCUCUGCGAACCCAGGUGUUUUUGUACUCCUGGGCUGUGGCACCAUUUCCAGCACGUGUGGGCAGUUAGCCAGUUACCCUCUGGCUCUCGUCAGAACACGCAUGCAGGCCCAAGCUUCAGUGGAAGGAGCUCCACAGCUCAGCAUGGUUGGUCUCUUUCAAAGAAUUGUUGCUACAGAGGGACUCCGAGGACUUUAUAGGGGCAUAGCCCCUAAUUUUAUGAAAGUGCUUCCAGCUGUCAGCAUCAGCUAUGUUGUAUAUGAAAAAAUGAAACAGAAUUUGGGAAUAGCAUGAAAUGAAGGAAAAAGGUGAGAUGCUUCUAAUGCUGUUGGAAACACCAGAACAAUAAUGUUUUCUCAAGUAAUCUGCUCUCACAAUUAGAGACAGAUCUUUAUAGAGAGAUGCUGCAACUUCCACAUUUGCCCUUAAGUGGGAAGAAACUUUCUUAAAUUUUAGUUCACCAUUUUUAAACAGAUACUUAUACUGCACUUUAAAAUGUCACUGAGUUGAAAAAAAAAAUCAAGAAACUGUCUUUAAAUCAGCAGUAUGUUUUUAUUUUUAGGAAAUCAUGCAUAUUUUACUCAUUGGGGUUUUUUUAAUUUGUCCUUUCUAAAUGUGUAUUUGUCUUCGAUGAAACCAAAGGUAGGAGAAGUUUAUACUGCCUUGAUCCUGAAUAUAUGAAAGUGACUUUGUGUUUUGUCAUGCUGCCUACACUCAAGCAAUUCACAGGCGACAUUCUGCAUGCCUAGAAGUGAGCACUUUUGUUAUUUUGGAAGACUUAAUAUUAAGUUCAUAAGAAAUUGCAUCUUGGAUACACACAAUGAUGGAAUAACACAUUAAAAUAUAGCCCAUCACCUUUGUCUUCAGGCAAACCUUUUUUAUUUGUCAUUAUUUAAGGAGCCUGAGAAACUGCUGUUCUGCAGUAUCAGAAUACCUCAAAUGGAUUUACACGGUAUUUUUGUAAUACAAUCAGCAAUUUUGAUAACUUGCUUCACUGGACCUGCUUUUCAUUGCACUUGUAAAUGUCAGCACCAUUAACCAUGGCAAAAUUUGGAUUACAGCUGCUCCAUGUUUUAUAGGAUCAUAAUACAAAGGAACAGAAAAGCUUGGAUGUUAGGUCCAUUCCAUACAAGUGCAAGUAGCUAUUUAAAAACAGGAUGGAGGAUCCAGUAUGAAGCUGGUAGUAAUUGUAGUACAGCCAAUGGCAGAGCUGUCCAUAGCUCUGGGAACAGGAAUGCUUGUCAUUUUGGACUCUCCAUUCUUUCCCUUAUUCAGAGGGCUACAUCCACUCUGUGCUUUUAGAGGAUUGCAUUAUUAUGUAAAGGAUUUUUACAGUUUUGUCAUGCAAGAUCAGUCUUCCGUGCACAUUGGCUGCGGGUGUGAAAUUGGGAUAAUAAAAUACUGAAGUGUUUUGUCCAGGUGACCAAGUGGCAGUGCUGACCUCAGGUGCCCAUCAGAUUGGUGUUAAUGUAGCAUGCAAAGCAUGCAUGCAGAUCAGCUAGUGCUUGAGAAACAGCUC